GGCAUUUUUCCACAAUUACAGCUGUGGAAACUCUUGUGCAACUCAAUUGUUCUCAGGUGCCUCAUGCAUUCUUACUGUUAAUGAGACGGGAUCUUGAAUGCACCCCGUGAUAAUGACUGCUGUGUGCACAUGUGAGUUUGAGCCAAGAGAAGUGGACGACAUUUCAAAGUCUCUGCUUCGGACAAUAAAGAGUUCCUCUGGUCUUCAUCCAGGAUUUUGGAGAAACCUUCCAGCGAUCAGACGCAACCCAGAAGGGUCAAGAUGGAAAAUCAAGACAUAAAGCAAAAUGGCCACACAGAAGUCCACAGUCCUGUGGCUGGUAUAUUCUUGGAGAAGACAAAGGAGAAAAUUACCAUAUAUCAAGCCAUGAAAAAGCGUCUGCUCAAACCAGGCACAGCGUUGGCCCUGUUGGAGGCACAAGCUGCCACCGUGGGCAUCAUAGACCCGAUAAACAAUAGAAUACUUCCUGUUGCAGAGGCUGUUAAAGAGGGAAUAGUUGGACCGGAGUUGAAAGAGAAACUCCUCACAGCAGAGAAAGCAAUCAGUGGCUAUGAAGACCCCUAUACCAACCAAAUUAUAUCUGUGUUCCAAGCAAUGCAAAAAGAUUUGGUCCCAAGAGAUAACGGCUUACGGCUGCUGGAGGCACAGAUCGCCACACAAGGCCUGAUCGACCCCAUUGAGAAAACAAGUCUCUCAGUUGAAUCUGCAAUUCAGAGAGGCUACUAUGAGGAAGGCUUGCUCAAUGACCAGAUGUCAGAGCUCAAAGUUUUCUACAAUCCAAGCUCACAAGAAACUGUCAGUUACCAAAACCUGGUGGAGAAAUGCAUGGUGGAGCCCGGCACCGGCCUGCUGCUCCUCCCGGUCUGCAUCACAUUCAAAGGCCUUCGACGAGGCAUUUCCUCCACUGAACUCUUUGAGUCAAAGAUCAUUGACCAAGAAACAUUCGAUGAACUGCGACAGGGAAAGACCACGACCCAGGAUGUGCUGUUGAUGGAAACAGUGAAAGAAUACCUGGAGGGCAAAGGCAGCAUUGCGGGAAUUGCUUUGCUCUCGUCCAAUCAGAGAAUGAGCAUUUAUCAGGCCAUGAAAAAAAGAAUCCUGAUGCCAGGGACGGCACUGGUUCUCCUGGAGGCUCAAGCUGCAACUGGGUUCAUGAUCGACCCAGUAGAAAAUAAGAAGUUCACCGUGGAUGAAGCCGUCAAGAUCAAACUCUUUGGCCCAGAAUAUCAUGCAAAGCUGCGUUCUGCUGAGAGAGCCGUCACUGGAUACAAAGAUCCAUACACAGGUGAAACCAUCUCUCUGUUCCAAGCCCUGUCCAAAGACCUCAUCGUUCGGGAGCAUGGGAUUCGUCUACUUGAGGCGCAGAUUGCAACAGGUGGAAUCAUAGACCCCAUCCACAGCCACAGACUUCCCACAGACGUGGCCUUCAAGAGAGGUUUCUUCAACGAAGAGAUGAAUUCCGUACUCGAGGAUUCAGGGGAUGACACCAAAGGGUUUUUUGACCCAAACACAGAAGAAAAUCUUUCUUACCUUCAGCUGAUGGAACGAUGCGUCACUGAUCCUGUCACUGGACUGUGCCUCCUCCCACUCGUUGAGAAGUCAGACAGGCUGAAUUAUCACUUCAUUGACUACAAAACUAAAAUGACCUUGAAAGAAGUGAAGGUGAAAGUGACAUGUGGGAAGUACAUGGGAAUGACUGUGUCUCUGUGGGAGCUGCUGAUGUCCGAGUACUUUGACGAACAGCAGAGGAUGAGCAUCUGUCAAAAGUACAGACAGGGGAUGCUCAACAUCCAGAGGAUCAUUACAACAGUUCUGGAAGUGAUAGAGAAGUCUGUGAGAACAACUAAAGUCGUCUUUGAAGGCAUCAGAGAGUCAGUCACGGCCAAACAGCUUCUGGAGGCAGACAUCAUAAGUGAAGAGGUCAUGGAGGAUCUGAAAAAGGGAAAAAAGUCAGUGAAAGACAUGCUGGAAGAUGAAAACGUAAAUAUGUACCUACAGGGGAAAGACAGUAUUGCAGGUAUUCUGCUUCCUAAUUCUCAGAUCAUGACCAUCUACCAGGCCAGAAGGAAAGGAAAGCUGAUGCCGGGAACUGCUCUGAUUCUGCUGGAGGCCCAGGCAGCAACAGGGUUUGUUGUUGACCCGAUUGGAAACAGAAAGUUUUCAGUGGAUGAAGCUGUCAAGGCGAAGAUUGUGGGGCCUGAUAUAUCUCAAAAGCUGCUGUCAGCAGAGAGAGCAGUCACUGGGUACAAAGACCCAUAUACUGGCAAAAUAAUCUCUUUGUUCCAAGCAAUGCAAAAGGAUCUCAUCGUAAGAGAUCAUGGAAUUCGGCUCCUGGAAGCCCAGAUUGCCACUGGUGGGAUCAUCGACCCAGUGAACAGCCAUCGCAUUCCCGUCCACAUGGCCUACAAGAGGGGGUACUUCAAUGAGGAAAUGAAUGAGAUCCUUUGUGAUGCAAGUGAUGACACCAAAGGAUUUUUCGACCCUAAUACUCUUGAGAACCUGACCUACUUGCAGCUCAUAGCCAGAUGUGUCACAGAUCCCAGUACAGGUCUGUGUCUGCUGCCACUCAAAGGCAAAAGUAACAAAAUCAACAUUGACGCUAAUCUUCGAGAAACAUUCAAAACAACAGUUACUGUUCGGUACGGCAGGUUCAAGGGAAAGCACACGACACUGUGGGAUCUCAUCAAUUCUGAGUAUCUGUCUGAGGACCAACGGCAGGAGUUCUUCAAGCUCUUCAAGUCAAGGAAAAUCACAAUCGAGCAACUUACUGUGACCAUUUUGGAGAUAAUUGAAAAUAAGGAGAUCAAAAAGCAAGCUGGGCUGAACUUUCAAAGUCUCAGAGGAGAGGUCUCUGUGGUGGAUCUUUUGGAGCUUGAAAUUGUGACCGAACAAACAUACAACAGCUUGCUCCAUGGAAAGCUGACAAGCACGGAUGUGAUGGAAAUGGAGAGCGUGAGAGAGUACCUGCAAGGGAAAAGCUGCGUAGCUGGGGUGAUACUGCAACCCUCCAACAAGAAGUUAAGUAUCCAUGAGGCACAGAGACUCGGUAUCCUCACACCUGGCACUGCCCUUUGCCUCCUGGAAGCACAAGCAGCCACAGGGUUCAUUGUUGAUCUGCAGAAUAACCAAAAGCUUACAGUGGCACAAGCUAUCAGAGAAAAGGUCAUUGGGCCAAACGUGUAUGAGAAACUUCUCUCUGCAGAGAGGGCAGUCACCGGUUACAUAGAUCCAUACACUGGUCAGAAGAUCUCACUUUUCCAAGCUUUGCAAAAGGAUUUAAUUAUCAAGGAGCAUGGCAUCCGUUUACUUGAGGCCCAGCUUGCUACAGGUGGAGUCAUUGAUCCCUUGAAGUGUCUACAUCUCCCCCUGGAGGUCGCCUACAGAAAAGGAUAUUUUGAUGCAGAACUUAAUCAAAUCCUGACGGAUCCGAGUGAUGACACGAAAGGCUUUUUUCACCCGCAGACAAAAGAAAACCUGACAUACAUAGAGAUGCUGGGCAGAUGCAUUAAAGAUAAGGAAACAGGACUGUUUCUAUUGACGCUGAGUGACACACCAAAAGCUACAGGAACAAAGACAAAAAUGUUUACUGACACAGAGAUUAAGCAAGAAUUUGAAAAGACAACCGUGACAAUAUCGUCCGGACGCUACGCAGGGAAAUCCAUUUCUCUAUGGGACCUGAUCCACUCUCAGUACUUCACUGAGGAACAGCGGCUUGAAUUCAUUGAAAAAUACAGAUCAAAGAAGACUACCACACAAACCAUAAUCACAGUAGUGGUUUCCACCAUUGAAAAACUGGAGAAGAGUAAAACUCCCAAGGUGGUAAUGGGCCUCAGAAAGCCCGUCUCCGCACAACAGCUUCUGAGUUCAGAAAUCAUCGAUGCAGCUACAUUCAAACAAGUGAAAGAGGGAGAACUUGCUUUUGAGGCAGUGACCCAACGUAAAUCUGUGAGCGGAUACCUCAAGGGAACCGGGAGCAUUGCCGGAAUCAAGGUCCUUCCCUCCCAGAAAGUAAUGAGCAUAUAUGAAGCAAAAACAAAGGAUCUCCUGACACCUGGCAUUGCACUUCUUCUGCUCGAAGCACAGGCUGCCACAGGAUGGAUGAUUGAUCCGAUCAAAAACAAGUUCUAUUCUGUGGAUGAGGCAGCAAGAGAGAGAGUAAUUGGACCGGAUGUACACGAGCAACUUCUGUCAGCUGAGCGAGCUGUCACCGGCUACAAAGAUCCGUACACAGAUGCAACCAUAUCACUGUUUGAAGCCGUGAAUGAACAGCUGAUCCAAAGAAAAGACGGCAUUCGUCUUCUUGAGGCACAGAUGGCGACUGGAGGAAUCAUUGACCCAAAUCUAAGUCACAGGCUUCCUGUUCACGUUGCUAUUAAAAGGGGAAAUCUUGAUGAAAAGAUCAGCAACAUUCUAUUGAACCCCACUGAUGAUGCAAAGGGAUUCUUUGACCCAACUACGAAAGAAAACGUCUCUUACCGUCAGCUGAUAAGUCGGUGUGAGGUGGAUCUGGAAAGUGGGCUACUUCUCCUACCCGUGUCUGAAGAGAAACCCCUGGUGUUCCACACAGAUGAACAAAUUGAGCUCACGUUGAAAAGCACAACUAUAACCAUGAAUGCAGGAAAGUACAAGAACAAAGAGGUGACAUUGUGGGAAGUGUUGGUCUCUGAAUACAUAUCGGAACAAAAGAGGAAGCAGCUGAUACAACAGUUCAAGACAGGAGCCCUGAAGAUAGAGGACAUCACUGAAAUACUCACAGUUAUCAUUACAGAGGUAUCGUCCAAAGAAAAGAAGUUCAAAGGUCUGAGAAAGCAGGUCUCGGCCAGCGAGUUGUAUGAGUCCAAAAUAAUCUCAAAGGAGCUUUUCACUCAGAUCAUACAAGGUGAGGUAACGGAGGAGAAUGUCAGUAAAAUGGAAUCAAUUCAAAAGUACCUUGGAGCUACAAACUGUAUAGCAGGUGUCAGAGUUGAAUCUACAAAGAAAGUUAUAAGCGUUUACGAAGCAAAAACAAAAGGUUUGCUUCCCCCUGGCACUUCUCUGAUUCUGCUGGAAGCACAAGCAGCGACUGGCUUUGUUAUCGACCCAGUGAACAACAAGAAACUCUCAGUAGACGAAGCUGUAGCUCAAGCAGUGGUUGGCAGUGAGUGGAAAAAAAAACUGCUCUCAGCAGAAAGAGCUGUCACAGGAUACAAAGAUCCCUACACUGGAGACAUCAUCUCUUUGUUCCAGGCCUUGCAGAAAGAUCUCAUCGUGAAAGAUCAUGGGAUUCGUCUCCUUGAAGCACAAAUUGCCACAGGAGGCAUCAUUGACCCCGUCCACAGUCACAGAGUGCCUGUACAGGUGGCAUACCAGAGAGGUUACUUUGAUGAAGAGAUGAAUCAGAUUCUGUCUGAUUCUGAUGAUGACACCAAGGGCUUCUUUGACCCAAACACCCAUGAGAACCUCACCUAUCUCCAGCUGAUGGAGAGAUGUGUCAUAGAUCCAAUAACAGGCCUGAACUUACUGGUCGUUGUGAAGAAAGGAGAGUUUUAUUUCUUUGUAGAUGAGGCUACAAAGCUCAUGUUGAAAUCUACAACAACAACCAGAGCAGGAGGGAAAUACCAAGGAAAGACUGUGUCUCUGUGGGAUCUGCUUUUCUCCAAAUACAUCACAGAGGAGAGGAGGAGAGAGCUUGUGCAACAAUACAAGUCUGGAUCAAUCUCACUUGAACGCUUCAUGGAAAUCAUCCUGACCAUCAUCACACAACAGACAACAACAACAACAACCUCGUCUUCAACAACUGUCACAUGCCAACCACCAGAAACCAAAGUGGACAGCAGCAGCACAACAAAAACUACCAUGACCACAACCACAAUCACAGAGUCAAGUCAACUUCCAAAGUUCCAUGGAAUCAGGAAAGAUGUCACUGCUAAUGAGCUGCUUGAAUCCAAAAUCAUCACUGAGGAUCUCUACAAAAGUCUGAAGACUGGAACAGUCACAGUGACAGAAAUCACUGAAAUGGACUCAGUGCGUAAGUACCUCGAGGGAACCAACAGUAUCGCAGGAGUGUACCUGCAGUCCACCAAGGAGACACUGAGCAUCUAUGAAGCUAAACAACGAGGCCUGCUGACUCCAGGAACUUCUCUGGUUCUUCUGGAGGCCCAAGCUGCCACUGGUUUUGUUAUUGACCCAGUGAACAACAAGAAACUCUCAGUAGAUGAAGCUGUAGACCAAAAAGUGGUUGGCACUGAGUGGGGGAAAAAACUGCUGUCGGCAGAAAGAGCCGUCACAGGAUACAAAGAUCCCUACACUGGAGACAUCAUCUCUUUGUUCCAGGCCUUGAAAAAAGAUCUCAUUGUGAAAGAUCAUGGAAUUCGUCUCCUUGAAGCACAAAUUGCCACAGGAGGCAUCAUUGACCCCGUCCACAGUCACAGAGUGCCUGUACAGGUGGCAUACCAGAGAGGUUACUUUGAUGAAGAGAUGAACCAGGUUCUGUCUGAUCCUGAUGAUGACACCAAGGGCUUCUUUGACCCCAACACCAGUGAGAACCUCACCUAUCUCCAGCUGGUGGACAGAUGUGUGACCGAUCCCAUCACAGGCCUAAGUUUACUGGUCAUCGUGAAGAAAGGAGAGUUUUAUUUCUUUGUUGAUGAGGCUACAAAGCUCAUGUUGAAAUCUACAACAACAACCAGAGCAGGAGGGAAAUACCAAGGAAAGACUGUGUCUCUGUGGGAUCUGCUUUUCUCCAAAUACAUCACAGAGGAGAGGAGGAGAGAGCUUGUGCAACAAUACAAGUCUGGAUCAAUCUCACUUGAACGCUUCAUGGAAAUCAUCCUGACCAUCAUCACACAACAGACAACAACAACAACAACCUCGUCUUCAACAACUGUCACAUGCCAACCACCAGAAACCAAAGUGGACAGCAGCAGCACAACAAAAACUACCAUGACCACAACCACAAUCACAGAGUCAAGUGAACUUCCCAAGUUCCAUGGAAUCAGGAAGGAUGUCACUGCUAGUGAGCUGCUUGAAUCCAAAAUCAUCACUGAGGACCUCUACAAAAGUCUGAAGACUGGAACAGUCACAGUGACAGAAAUCACUGAAAUGGACUCAGUGCGUAAGUACCUCGAGGGAACCAACAGCAUUGCAGGAGUGUACCUGCAGUCCACCAAGGAGACACUGAGUAUCUAUGACGCUAAACAACGAGGCCUGCUGGCUCCAGGAACGUCUCUUGUUCUUCUGGAGGCCCAAGCUGCCACUGGUUUUGUUAUUGACCCAGUGAACAACAAGAAACUCUCAGUAGAUGAAGCUGUAGACCAAAAAGUCGUUGGCACUGAGUGGGGGAAAAAACUGCUGUCGGCAGAAAGAGCCGUCACAGGAUACAAAGAUCCCUACACUGGAGACAUCAUCUCUUUGUUCCAGGCCUUGAAGAAAGAUCUCAUCGUGAAAGAUCAUGGGAUUCGUCUCCUUGAAGCACAAAUUGCCACAGGAGGCAUCAUUGACCCCGUCCACAGUCACAGAGUGCCUGUACAGGUGGCAUACCAGAGAGGUUACUUUGAUGAAGAGAUGAACCAGAUUCUGUCUGAUCCUGAUGAUGACACCAAGGGCUUCUUUGACCCAAACACCCAUGAGAACCUCACCUAUCUCCAGCUGGUGGAGAGAUGUGUCACCGAUCCCAUCACAGGCCUAAGUUUACUGGUCAUCGUGAAGAAAGGAGAGUUUUAUUUCUUUGUUGAUGAGGCUACAAAGCUCAUGUUGAAAUCUACAACAACAACCAGAGCAGGAGGGAAAUACCAAGGAAAGACUGUGUCUCUGUGGGAUCUGCUUUUCUCCAAAUACAUCACAGAGGAGAGGAGGAGAGAGCUUGUGCAACAAUACAAGUCUGGAUCAAUCUCACUUGAACGCUUCAUGGAAAUCAUCCUGACCAUCAUCACACAACAGACAACAACAACAACAACCUCGUCUUCAACAACUGUCACAUGCCAACCACCAGAAACCAAAGUGGACAGCAGCAGCACAACAAAAACUACCAUGACCACAACCACAAUCACAGAGUCAAGUCAACUUCCAAAGUUCCAUGGAAUCAGGAAGGAUGUCACUGCUAAUGAGCUGCUGGAAUCCAAAAUCAUCACUGAGGACCUCUACAAAAGUCUUAAGACUGGAACAGUCACAGUGACCGAAAUCACUGAAAUGGACUCAGUGCGUAAGUACCUCGAGGGAACCAACAGCAUUGCAGGAGUGUACCGGCAGUCCACCAAGGAGACACUGAGUAUCUAUGAAGCUAAACAACGAGGCCUGCUGACUCCAGGAACUUCUCUUGUUCUCUUGGAGGCCCAAGCUGCCACUGGUUUUGUUAUCGACCCAGUGAACAACAAGAAACUCUCAGUAGAUGAAGCUGUAGACCAAAAAGUGGUUGGCACUGAGUGGGGGAAAAAACUGCUGUCGGCAGAAAGAGCCGUCACAGGAUACAAAGAUCCCUACACUGGAGACAUCAUCUCUUUGUUCCAGGCCUUGAAAAAAGAUCUCAUCGUGAAAGAUCAUGGAAUUCGUCUCCUUGAAGCACAAAUUGCCACAGGAGGCAUCAUUGACCCCGUCCACAGUCACAGAGUGCCUGUACAGGUGGCAUACCAGAGAGGUUACUUUGAUGAAGAGAUGAACCAGAUUCUGUCUGAUCCUGAUGAUGACACCAAGGGCUUCUUUGACCCCAACACCAGUGAGAACCUCACCUAUCUCCAGCUGGUGGACAGAUGUGUGACCGAUCCCAUCACAGGCCUAAGUUUACUGGUCAUCGUGAAGAAAGGAGAGUUUUAUUUCUUUGUUGAUGAGGCUACAAAGCUCAUGUUGAAAUCUACAACAACAACCAGAGCAGGAGGGAAAUACCAAGGAAAGACUGUGUCUCUGUGGGAUCUGCUUUUCUCCAAAUACAUCACAGAGGAGAGGAGGAGAGAGCUUGUGCAACAAUACAAGUCUGGAUCAAUCUCACUUGAACGCUUCAUGGAAAUCAUCCUGACCAUCAUCACACAACAGACAACAACAACAACAACCUCGUCUUCAACAAUUGUCACAUGCCAACCACCAGAAACAAAAGUGGACAGCAGCAGCACAACAAAAACUACCAUGACCACGACCACAAUCACAGAGUCAAGUCAACUUCCAAAGUUCCAUGGAAUCAGAAAGGAUGUCACUGCUAAUGAGCUGCUUGAAUCCCAAAUCAUCACUGAGGACCUCUACAAAAGUCUUAAGACUGGAACAGUCACAGUGACAGAAAUCACUGAAAUGGACUCAGUGCGUAAGUACCUCGAGGGAACCAACAGCAUCGCAGGAGUGUACCUGCAGUCCACCAAGGAGACAUUGAGCAUCUAUGAAGCUAAACAACGAGGCCUGCUGACUCCAGGAACUUCUCUGGUUCUUCUGGAGGCCCAAGCUGCCACUGGGUUUGUUAUUGACCCAGUGAACAACAAGAAACUCUCAGUAGAUGAAGCUGUAGACCAAAAAGUGGUUGGCACUGAGUGGGGGAAAAAACUGCUGUCAGCAGAAAGAGCCGUCACAGGAUACAAAGAUCCCUACACUGGAGACAUCAUCUCUUUGUUCCAGGCCUUGAAGAAAGAUCUCAUCGUGAAAGAUCAUGGGAUUCGUCUCCUUGAAGCACAAAUUGCCACAGGAGGCAUCAUUGACCCCGUCCACAGUCACAGAGUGCCUGUACAGGUGGCAUACCAGAGAGGUUACUUUGAUGAAGAGAUGAACCAGGUUCUGUCUGAUCCUGAUGAUGACACCAAGGGCUUCUUUGACCCAAACACCAGUGAGAACCUCACCUAUCUCCAGCUGGUGGACAGAUGUGUGACCGAUCCCAUCACAGGCCUAAGUUUACUGGUCAUCGUGAAGAAAGGAGAGUUUUAUUUCUUUGUUGAUGAGGCUACAAAGCUCAUGUUGAAAUCUACAACAACAACCAGAGCAGGAGGGAAAUACCAAGGAAAGACUGUGUCUCUGUGGGAUCUGCUUUUCUCCAAAUACAUCACAGAGGAGAGGAGGAGAGAGCUUGUGCAACAAUACAAGUCUGGAUCAAUCUCACUUGAACGCUUCAUGGAAAUCAUCCUGACCAUCAUCACACAACAGACAACAACAACAACAACCUCGUCUUCAACAACUGUCACAUGCCAACCACCAGAAACCAAAGUGGACAGCAGCAGCACAACAAAAACUACCAUGACCACAACCACAAUCACAGAGUCAAGUCAACUUCCAAAGUUCCAUGGAAUCAGGAAGGAUGUCACUGCUAAUGAGCUGCUUGAAUCACAAAUCAUCACUGAGGACCUCUACAAAAGUCUUAAGACUGGAACAGUCACAGUGACAGAAAUCACUGAAAUGGACUCAGUGCGUAAGUACCUCGAGGGAACCAACAGCAUCGCAGGAGUGUACCUGCAGUCCACCAAGGAGACACUGAGUAUCUAUGAAGCUAAACAACGAGGCCUGCUGACUCCAGGAACUUCUCUUGUUCUCUUGGAGGCCCAAGCUGCUACUGGUUUUGUUAUCGACCCAGUGAACAACAAGAAACUCUCAGUAGACGAAGCUGUAGACCAAAAAGUGGUUGGCACUGAGUGGGGGAAAAAACUGCUGUCGGCAGAAAGAGCCGUCACAGGCUACAAAGAUCCCUACACUGGAGACAUCAUCUCUUUGUUCCAGGCCUUGAAAAAAGAUCUCAUCGUGAAAGAUCAUGGGAUUCGUCUCCUUGAAGCACAAAUUGCCACAGGAGGCAUCAUUGACCCCGUCCACAGUCACAGAGUGCCUGUACAGGUGGCAUACCAGAGAGGUUACUUUGAUGAAGAGAUGAACCAGAUUCUGUCUGAUCCUGAUGAUGACACCAAGGGCUUCUUUGACCCAAACACCAGUGAGAACCUCACCUAUCUCCAGCUGGUGGACAGAUGUGUGACCGAUCCCAUCACAGGCCUAAGUUUACUGGUCAUCGUGAAGAAAGGAGAGUUUUAUUUCUUUGUUGAUGAGGCUACAAAGCUCAUGUUGAAAUCUACAACAACAACCAGAGCAGGAGGGAAAUACCAAGGAAAGACUGUGUCUCUGUGGGAUCUGCUUUUCUCCAAAUACAUCACAGAGGAGAGGAGGAGAGAGCUUGUGCAACAAUACAAGUCUGGAUCAAUCUCACUUGAACGCUUCAUGGAAAUCAUCCUGACCAUCAUCACACAACAGACAACAACAACAACAACCUCGUCUUCAACAACUGUCACAUGCCAACCACCAGAAACCAAAGUGGACAGCAACAGCACAACAAAAACUACCAUGACCACAACCACAAUCACAGAGUCAAGUCAACUUCCAAAGUUCCAUGGAAUCAGGAAAGAUGUCACUGCUAAUGAGCUGCUUGAAUCCAAAAUCAUCACUGAGGACCUCUACAAAAGUCUUAAGACUGGAACAGUCACAGUGACAGAAAUCACUGAAAUGGACUCAGUGCGUAAGUACCUCGAGGGAACCAACAGCAUCGCAGGAGUGUACCUGCAGUCCACCAAGGAGACACUGAGUAUCUAUGAAGCUAAACAACGAGGCCUGCUGACUCCAGGAACUUCUCUGGUUCUUCUGGAGGCCCAAGCUGCCACUGGUUUUGUUAUCGACCCAGUGAACAACAAGAAACUCUCAGUAGACGAAGCUGUAGACCAAAAAGUGGUUGGCACUGAGUGGGGGAAAAAACUGCUGUCGGCAGAAAGAGCCGUCACAGGAUACAAAGAUCCCUACACUGGAGACAUCAUCUCUUUGUUCCAGGCCUUGAAGAAAGAUCUCAUCGUGAAAGAUCAUGGGAUUCGUCUCCUUGAAGCACAAAUUGCCACAGGAGGCAUCAUUGACCCCGUCCACAGUCACAGAGUGCCUGUACAGGUGGCAUACCAGAGAGGUUACUUUGAUGAAGAGAUGAACCAGAUUCUGUCUGAUCCUGAUGAUGACACCAAGGGCUUCUUUGACCCAAACACCAGUGAGAACCUCACCUAUCUCCAGCUGGUGGAGAGAUGUUUCACCGAUCCCAUCACAGGCCUAAGUUUACUGGUCAUCGUGAAGAAAGGAGAGUUUUACUUCUUUGUAGAUGAGGCUACAAAGCUCAUGUUGAAAUCUACAACAACAACCAGAGCAGGAGGGAAAUACCAAGGAAAGACUGUGUCUCUAUGGGAUCUGCUUUUCUCCAAAUACAUCACAGAGGAGAGGAGGAGAGAGCUUGUGCAACAAUACAAGUCUGGAUCAAUCUCAAUUGAACGCUUCAUGGAAAUCAUCCUGACUAUCAUCACACAAAAGACAACAACAACAACAACCUCGUCUUCAACAACUGUCACAUGCCAACCACCAGAAACCAAAGUGGACAGCAGCAGCACAACAAAAACUACAAUGACCACAACCACAAUCACAGAGUCAACUCAAAUUCCAAAGUUCCAUGGAAUCAGGAAGGAUGUCACUGCUAGUGAGCUGCUUGAAUCCAAAAUCAUCACUGAGGACCUCUACAAAAGUCUUAAGACUGGAACAGUCACAGUGACAGAAAUCACUGAAAUGGACUCAGUGCGUAAGUACCUCGAGGGAACCAACAGCAUCGCAGGAGUGUACCUGCAGUCCACCAAGGAGACACUGAGUAUCUAUGAAGCUAAACAACGAGGCCUGCUGACUCCAGGAACUUCUCUGGUUCUUCUGGAGGCCCAAGCUGCCACUGGUUUUGUUAUCGACCCAGUGAACAACAAGAAACUCUCAGUAGACGAAGCUGUAGACCAAAAAGUGGUUGGCACUGAGUGGGGGAAAAAACUGCUGUCAGCAGAAAGAGCCGUCACAGGAUACAAAGAUCCCUACACUGGAGACAUCAUCUCUUUGUUCCAGGCCUUGAAGAAAGAUCUCAUCGUGAAAGAUCAUGGGAUUCGUCUCCUUGAAGCACAAAUUGCCACAGGAGGCAUCAUUGACCCCGUCCACAGUCACAGAGUGCCUGUACAGGUGGCAUACCAGAGAGGUUACUUUGAUGAAGAGAUGAACCAGAUUCUGUCUGAUCCUGAUGAUGACACCAAGGGCUUCUUUGACCCCAACACCAGUGAGAACCUCACCUAUCUCCAGCUGGUGGACAGAUGUGUCACCGAUCCCAUCACAGGCCUAAGUUUACUGGUCAUCGUGAAGAAAGGAGAGUUUUAUUUCUUUGUCGAUGAAGCUACAAAGCUCAUGUUGAAAUCUACAACAACAACCAGAGCAGGAGGGAAAUACCAAGGAAAGACUGUGUCUCUGUGGGAUCUGCUUUUCUCCAAAUACAUCACAGAGGAGAGGAGGAGAGAGCUUGUGCAACAAUACAAGUCUGGAUCAAUCACAGUUGAACGCUUCAUGGAAAUCAUCCUGACCAUCAUCACACAACAGACAACAACAACAACAACCUCGUCUUCAACAAUUGUCAUAUGCCAACCACCAGAAACCAAAGUGGACAGCAGCAGCACAACAAAAACUACAAUGACCACAACCACAAUCACAGAGUCAAGUCAAAUUCCAAAGUUCCAUGGAAUCAGGAAGGAUGUCACUGCUAAUGAGCUGCUUGAAUCACAAAUCAUCACUGAGGACCUCUACAAAAGUCUUAAGACUGGAACAGUCACAGUGACAGAAAUCACUGAAAUGGACUCAGUGCGUAAGUACCUCGAGGGAACCAACAGCAUCGCAGGAGUGUACCUGCAGUCCACCAAGGAGACACUGAGUAUCUAUGAAGCUAAACAACGAGGCCUGCUGACUCCAGGAACUUCUCUGGUUCUUCUGGAGGCCCAAGCUGCCACUGGGUUUGUUAUCGACCCAGUGAACAACAAGAAACUCUCAGUAGACGAAGCUGUAGACCAAAAAGUGGUUGGCACUGAGUGGGGGAAAAAACUGCUGUCAGCAGAAAGAGCCGUCACAGGAUACAAAGAUCCCUACACUGGAGACAUCAUCUCUUUGUUCCAGGCCUUGAAGAAAGAUCUCAUCGUGAAAGAUCAUGGGAUUCGUCUCCUUGAAGCACAAAUUGCCACAGGAGGCAUCAUUGACCCCGUCCACAGUCACAGAGUGCCUGUACAGGUGGCAUACCAGAGAGGUUACUUUGAUGAAGAGAUGAACCAGGUUCUGUCUGAUCCUGAUGAUGACACCAAGGGCUUCUUUGACCCCAACACCAGUGAGAACCUCACCUAUCUCCAGCUGGUGGACAGAUGUGUGACCGAUCCCAUCACAGGCCUAAGUUUACUGGUCAUCGUGAAGAAAGGAGAGUUUUAUUUCUUUGUUGAUGAGGCUACAAAGCUCAUGUUGAAAUCUACAACAACAACCAGAGCAGGAGGGAAAUACCAAGGAAAGACUGUGUCUCUGUGGGAUCUGCUUUUCUCCAAAUACAUCACAGAGGAGAGGAGGAGAGAGCUUGUGCAACAAUACAAGUCUGGAUCAAUCUCACUUGAACGCUUCAUGGAAAUCAUCCUGACCAUCAUCACACAACAGACAACAACAACAACAACCUCGUCUUCAACAACUGUCACAUGCCAACCACCAGAAACCAAAGUGGACAGCAGCAGCACAACAAAAACUACCAUGACCACAACCACAAUCACAGAGUCAAGUGAACUUCCCAAGUUCCAUGGAAUCAGGAAGGAUGUCACUGCUAAUGAGCUGCUUGAAUCCAAAAUCAUCACUGAGGACCUCUACAAAAGUCUUAAGACUGGAACAGUCACAGUGACAGAAAUCACUGAAAUGGACUCAGUGCGUAAGUACCUCGAGGGAACCAACAGCAUCGCAGGAGUGUACCUGCAGUCCACCAAGGAGACACUGAGCAUUUAUGAAGCUAAACAACGAGGCCUGCUGACUCCAGGAACUUCUCUGGUUCUUCUGGAGGCCCAAGCUGCCACUGGCUUUGUUAUCGACCCAGUGAACAACAAGAAACUCUCAGUAGACGAAGCUGUAGACCAAAAAGUGGUUGGCACUGAGUGGGGGAAAAAACUGCUGUCGGCAGAAAGAGCCGUCACAGGAUACAAAGAUCCCUACACUGGAGACAUCAUCUCUUUGUUCCAGGCCUUGAAAAAAGAUCUCAUCGUGAAAGAUCAUGGAAUUCGUCUCCUUGAAGCACAAAUUGCCACAGGAGGCAUCAUUGACCCCGUCCACAGUCACAGAGUGCCUGUACAGGUGGCAUACCAGAGAGGUUACUUUGAUGAAGAGAUGAACCAGAUUCUGUCUGAUCCUGAUGAUGACACCAAGGGCUUCUUUGACCCAAACACCAGUGAGAACCUCACCUAUCUCCAGCUGGUGGACAGAUGUGUGACCGAUCCCAUCACAGGCCUAAGUUUACUGGUCAUCGUGAAGAAAGGAGAGUUUUAUUUCUUUGUUGAUGAGGCUACAAAGCUCAUGUUGAAAUCUACAACAACAACCAGAGCAGGAGGGAAAUACCGAGGAAAGACUGUGUCUCUGUGGGAUCUGCUUUUCUCCAAAUACAUCACAGAGGAGAGGAGGAGAGAGCUUGUGCAACAAUACAAGUCUGGAUCAAUCUCACUUGAACGCUUCAUGGAAAUCAUCCUGACCAUCAUCACACAACAGACAACAACAACAACAACCUCGUCUUCAACAACUGUCACAUGCCAACCACCAGAAACCAAAGUGGACAGCAGCAGCACAACAAAAACUACCAUGACCACAACCACAAUCACAGAGUCAAGUCAACUUCCAAAGUUCCAUGGAAUCAGGAAGGAUGUCACUGCUAAUGAGCUGCUUGAAUCCCAAAUCAUCACUGAGGACCUCUACAAAAGUCUUAAGACUGGAACAGUCACAGUGACCGAAAUCACUGAAAUGGACUCAGUGCGUAAGUACCUCGAGGGAACCAACAGCAUUGCAGGAGUGUACCGGCAGUCCACCAAGGAGACACUGAGUAUCUAUGAAGCUAAACAACGAGGCCUGCUGACUCCAGGAACUUCUCUUGUUCUUCUGGAGGCCCAAGCUGCCACUGGUUUUGUUAUUGACCCAGUGAACAACAAGAAACUCUCAGUAGAUGAAGCUGUAGACCAAAAAGUGGUUGGCACUGAGUGGGGGAAAAAACUGCUGUCGGCAGAAAGAGCCGUCACAGGAUACAAAGAUCCCUACACUGGAGACAUCAUCUCUUUGUUCCAGGCCUUGAAGAAAGAUCUCAUCGUGAAAGAUCAUGGAAUUCGUCUCCUUGAAGCACAAAUUGCCACAGGAGGCAUCAUUGACCCCGUCCACAGUCACAGAGUGCCUGUACAGGUGGCCUACCAGAGAGGUUACUUUGAUGAAGAGAUGAACCAGAUUCUGUCUGAUCCUGAUGAUGACACCAAGGGCUUCUUUGACCCCAACACCAGUGAGAACCUCACCUAUCUCCAGCUGGUGGACAGAUGUGUCACCGAUCCCAUCACAGGCCUAAGUUUACUGGUCAUCGUGAAGAAAGGAGAGUUUUAUUUCUUUGUCGAUGAAGCUACAAAGCUCAUGUUGAAAUCUACAACAACAACCAGAGCAGGAGGGAAAUACCAAGGAAAGACUGUGUCUCUGUGGGAUCUGCUUUUCUCCAAAUACAUCACAGAGGAGAGGAGGAGAGAGCUUGUGCAACAAUACAAGUCUGGAUCAAUCUCAAUUGAACGCUUCAUGGAAAUCAUCCUGACUAUCAUCACACAAAAGACAACAACAACAACAACCUCGUCUUCAACAACUGUCACAUGCCAACCACCAGAAACCAAAGUGGACAGCAGCAGCACAACAAAAACUACAAUGACCACAACCACAAUCACAGAGUCAACUCAAAUUCCAAAGUUCCAUGGAAUCAGGAAGGAUGUCACUGCUAGUGAGCUGCUUGAAUCCAAAAUCAUCACUGAGGACCUCUACAAAAGUCUUAAGACUGGAACAGUCACAGUGACAGAAAUCACUGAAAUGGACUCAGUGCGUAAGUACCUCGAGGGAACCAACAGCAUCGCAGGAGUGUACCUGCAGUCCACCAAGGAGACACUGAGCAUUUAUGAAGCUAAACAACGAGGCCUGCUGACUCCAGGAACUUCUCUUGUUCUUCUGGAGGCCCAAGCUGCCACUGGGUUUGUUAUCGACCCAGUGAACAACAAGAAACUCUCAGUAGACGAAGCUGUAGACCAAAAAGUGGUUGGCACUGAGUGGGGGAAAAAACUGCUGUCGGCAGAAAGAGCCGUCACAGGAUACAAAGAUCCCUACACUGGAGACAUCAUCUCUUUGUUCCAGGCCUUGAAGAAAGAUCUCAUCGUGAAAGAUCAUGGGAUUCGUCUCCUUGAAGCACAAAUUGCCACAGGAGGCAUCAUUGACCCCGUCCACAGUCACAGAGUGCCUGUACAGGUGGCAUACCAGAGAGGUUACUUUGAUGAAGAGAUGAACCAGAUUCUGUCUGAUCCUGAUGAUGACACCAAGGGCUUCUUUGACCCAAACACCAGUGAGAACCUCACCUAUCUCCAGCUGGUGGACAGAUGUGUGACCGAUCCCAUCACAGGCCUAAGUUUACUGGUCAUCGUGAAGAAAGGAGAGUUUUAUUUCUUUGUUGAUGAGGCUACAAAGCUCAUGUUGAAAUCUACAACAACAACCAGAGCAGGAGGGAAAUACCAAGGAAAGACUGUGUCUCUGUGGGAUCUGCUUUUCUCCAAAUACAUCACAGAGGAGAGGAGGAGAGAGCUUGUGCAACAAUACAAGUCUGGAUCAAUCUCACUUGAACGCUUCAUGGAAAUCAUCCUGACCAUCAUCACACAACAGACAACAACAACAACAACCUCGUCUUCAACAACUGUCACAUGCCAACCACCAGAAACCAAAGUGGACAGCAGCAGCACAACAAAAACUACCAUGACCACAACCACAAUCACAGAGUCAAGUCAACUUCCAAAGUUCCAUGGAAUCAGGAAGGAUGUCACUGCUAAUGAGCUGCUUGAAUCCAAAAUCAUCACUGAGGACCUCUACAAAAGUCUUAAGACUGGAACAGUCACAGUGACAGAAAUCACUGAAAUGGACUCAGUGCGUAAGUACCUCGAGGGAACCAACAGCAUCGCAGGAGUGUACCUGCAGUCCACCAAGGAGACACUGAGCAUUUAUGAAGCUAAACAACGAGGCCUGCUGACUCCAGGAACUUCUCUUGUUCUUCUGGAGGCCCAAGCUGCCACUGGGUUUGUUAUCGACCCAGUGAACAACAAGAAACUCUCAGUAGACGAAGCUGUAGACCAAAAAGUGGUUGGCACUGAGUGGGGGAAAAAACUGCUGUCGGCAGAAAGAGCCGUCACAGGAUACAAAGAUCCCUACACUGGAGACAUCAUCUCUUUGUUCCAGGCCUUGAAGAAAGAUCUCAUCGUGAAAGAUCAUGGGAUUCGUCUCCUUGAAGCACAAAUUGCCACAGGAGGCAUCAUUGACCCCGUCCACAGUCACAGAGUGCCUGUACAGGUGGCAUACCAGAGAGGUUACUUUGAUGAAGAGAUGAACCAGGUUCUGUCUGAUCCUGAUGAUGACACCAAGGGCUUCUUUGACCCAAACACCAGUGAGAACCUCACCUAUCUCCAGCUGGUGGACAGAUGUGUGACCGAUCCCAUCACAGGCCUAAGUUUACUGGUCAUCGUGAAGAAAGGAGAGUUUUAUUUCUUUGUUGAUGAGGCUACAAAGCUCAUGUUGAAAUCUACAACAACAACCAGAGCAGGAGGGAAAUACCAAGGAAAGACUGUGUCUCUGUGGGAUCUGCUUUUCUCCAAAUACAUCACAGAGGAGAGGAGGAGAGAGCUUGUGCAACAAUACAAGUCUGGAUCAAUUUCAAUUGAACGCUUCAUGGAAAUCAUCCUGACUAUCAUCACACAAAAGACAACAACAACAACAACCUCGUCUUCAACAACUGUCACAUGCCAACCACCAGAAACCAAAGUGGACAGCAGCAGCACAACAAAAACUACAAUGACCACAACCACAAUCACAGAGUCAACUCAAAUUCCAAAGUUCCAUGGAAUCAGGAAGGAUGUCACUGCUAGUGAGCUGCUUGAAUCCAAAAUCAUCACUGAGGACCUCUACAAAAGUCUUAAGACUGGAACAGUCACAGUGACAGAAAUCACUGAAAUGGACUCAGUGCGUAAGUACCUCGAGGGAACCAACAGCAUCGCAGGAGUGUACCUGCAGUCCACCAAGGAGACACUGAGCAUUUAUGAAGCUAAACAACGAGGCCUGCUGACUCCAGGAACUUCUCUUGUUCUUCUGGAGGCCCAAGCUGCCACUGGGUUUGUUAUCGACCCAGUGAACAACAAGAAACUCUCAGUAGAUGAAGCUGUAGACCAAAAAGUGGUUGGCACUGAGUGGGGGAAAAAACUGCUGUCGGCAGAAAGAGCCGUCACAGGAUACAAAGAUCCCUACACUGGAGACAUCAUCUCUUUGUUCCAGGCCUUGAAGAAAGAUCUCAUCGUGAAAGAUCAUGGGAUUCGUCUCCUUGAAGCACAAAUUGCCACAGGAGGCAUCAUUGACCCCGUCCACAGUCACAGAGUGCCUGUACAGGUGGCAUACCAGAGAGGUUACUUUGAUGAAGAGAUGAACCAGAUUCUGUCUGAUCCUGAUGAUGACACCAAGGGCUUCUUUGACCCAAACACCAGUGAGAACCUCACCUAUCUCCAGCUGGUGGAGAGAUGUUUCACCGAUCCCAUCACAGGCCUAAGUUUACUGGUCAUCGUGAAGAAAGGAGAGUUUUAUUUCUUUGUCGAUGAAGCUACAAAGCUCAUGUUGAAAUCUACAACAACAACCAGAGCAGGAGGGAAAUACCAAGGAAAGACUGUGUCUCUGUGGGAUCUGCUUUUCUCCAAAUACAUCACAGAGGAGAGGAGGAGAGAGCUCGUGCAACAAUACAAGUCUGGAUCAAUCUCACUUGAACGCUUUAUGGAAAUCAUCCUGACCAUCAUCACACAACAGACAACAACAACAACAACCUCGUCUUCAACAACUGUCACAUGCCAACCACCAGAAACCAAAGUGGACAGCAGCAGCACAACCAAAACUACAAUGACCACAACCACAAUCACAGAGUCAAGUCAACUUCCCAAGUUCCAUGGAAUCAGGAAGGAUGUCACUGCUAAUGAGCUGCUUGAAUCACAAAUCAUCACUGAGGAUCUCUACAAAAGUCUGAAAACUGGAACAGUCACAGUGACAGAAAUCACUGAAAUGGACUCAGUGCGUAAGUACCUCGAGGGAACCAACAGCAUUGCAGGAGUGUACCGGCAGUCCACCAAGGAGACACUGAGUAUCUAUGAAGCUUACAAACGCAGAUUACUGACCCCUGGAACUUCUCUGGUGCUGCUUGAGGCCCAAGCUGCUACUGGUUUUGUUAUCGACCCAGUGAACAACAAGAAACUCUCAGUAGACGAAGCUGUAGACCAAAAAGUGGUUGGCAAAGAGUGGGCAAAAAAACUGCUGUCGGCAGAAAGAGCCGUCACAGGGUACAAAGAUCACUACACUGGAGACAUCAUCUCUUUGUUCCAGGCCUUGAAGAAAGAUCUCAUCGUGAAAGAGCAUGGGAUUCGUCUCCUUGAAGCACAAAUUGCCACAGGAGGCAUCAUUGACCCCGUCCACAGUCACAGAGUGCCUGUACAGGUGGCAUACCAGAGAGGUUACUUUGAUGAAGAGAUGAACCAGAUUCUGUCUGAUUCUGAUGUUGACACCAAGGGCUUCUUUGACCCCAACACCCAUGAGAACCUCACCUAUCUCAAGCUGGUGGACAGAUGUGUCACCGAUCCCAUCACAGGCCUCAGUCUACUCUCCUUGCGCAAGUGAAGGAAAGAAAAAUCAAUAACUUUUUUUGUUUGCAUAUCUGAGCAAAUCAUACUUAUUCCUCUUUGCUGUUUUAGCUUUUUUGGAUAGUAGUUAGAAAUCAAUUUCGGUGUACUUCUUUUAAGUCUGUAGUUAUUGUUUAGUUUAUGACGUCCCUACUGAAAGUAACUGUAUUUGGAUACUGUUGUGCUGAAAACCUUUCUUGUUUUGAAAAUAGAGAAAGAAAUGCACUCUAAACAUUUGUCUAUCAUAUUAUACGAAUAUGAUGAGUACUAUUGUACCUUUGAGGCAUUGUUCACAAAACCAGGGCUGUGAUACAGACUUUAAAUAGGAUUUUAGCCUCUUUUAAACCAACCUGGUAUAAUCUGAUAUCAAUAGACAGUGAAUCUCUCAUAACCUGUAAGAAGUCGAUUAUACACAUAGAUUGUUUUAACACUUUUUGUUACACCUGUGUUAAAAAAGUUAUUUUAAAGUGUAAAUGAAAAUUGAAAAUUUAUGGCCUUGAUCUUCAAUCUGUUUUAUGGAAUUCUGAUCUCCUUUGACCAAACACAAGUUGCAGUUACUGUGCGAACAAACUGUGACAAGACUAUGACACUUUUCUUUUCCCUGUUGUUUUGUAUUUGUGGGAACUAUGUACUUGAGAAUUUUUACAUGAGAAUGUUUUACUAUGGACAAAAAUUUGUUGUAUUUCUUUAGGAAGUGAAAAUAUCAGAACUUUAAACACAGCUUCUCUGAGGCUGUGUUGACUUGCAAGCUUUUUCAAGACUUUUAUUAUUGUAAAAACUUGACUGUGGCUCAAUAAACAAGAUACAACUACA